UUUUUUUUUAACUUUGAACAUUAACCUAUAUUGUGUUCACAUCCUCAACAUAUUAAAGUCAAAAUAUCCAUUUCGGAGCUCAACGCCACUCGUCUCGUGUUGUGUAUCUGUCUGACUAGCGAGUAGUCUAGUUGUCUACAUGGCUCUCGUGCGUCCGUGUGAAACUGACUCGUGCUGGAAAUGUCCGGCCCCCCCUGAUGUGACAAAGUAGCGAGCCGCCGCCCCUCUACUGUCGUGUAGUCCUCCGAGACCGCGCAGCCAUCUGAAGAGGAAAAGCUGGGGAUGGUUGCCAGUGGCCUGAGGUACUUCCUGUGCUACGGCGGCGCGUGGAUCCUGCUGGCGAUCCUCCACGAAGCGGCCGGAUGCCAACGCAUCUUCCAUCAGCGAGCCGGUGACACGGUGGAGCUCCCGUCGUGUUUACCCGGAGACGACGUCACCGCCGCCCACUGGAACUACAAAGGCAGGAAAGUGGCAGGGGACGGUGCCAGGGAGGCGGACCGCUUCACCGGGAGAAUGCAGCUCAACCGCCGUAACUACAGUCUAACGCUGAGGGCCUUGACCCGAGAGGACUCGGGCAUCUUCAGCUUCGUGUCGGCUGUCAACGACAGCCAGCGAGGGACCGUGGAAAUCACCCUGCAAGUUCACGAGCCCAUAAUGGCGAAACCCACGGUGACCGUCAACGCCACGUGGCACGCCGCCAACCACUCGUGCAGCCUUCUGCUGCGCUGCAGCGCCCCCGCCGGCGGGGGUCCGGUGGAGUACAAGUGGCGCGUGGGCAACGCGAGCCUGAGCGGCGCGUGGUGCCAGAUGAGCGUGCCGCCGCGGGACGGCGCCCAUGAGGUCCAGUGCACCGUCUUCAACGCCGUGAGCGCCGAAUCCACCUCAGCCUCCGUGACGUGCGGCAACAACACUUCCUUCGAGGUGUCGCUGACAGAGGCGCCGAACUUCGCAGUUGUCGUCAGCGCGGCGGCGGGAGCUUUUUGUCUUCUCGUCCUGGUAGCCGCGGUUGCCGUGGGCGCCUUCCGCCGCUGGCGCCGGCAAACACGCUGGAAGUCGGAGGAGGCGACGGUCUACGCAGACAUUAGCGAGGUGGCGCAAGAGUGCGCGAGCGCGCACACGGCUGAGACGCACUUGCUGACGCUCUACGACAAGAUCCAGCCGGACCGCCUGGCCCUGCAAGACCAGGCCCCCUAGAGCCCCAUUUUGCGGAGUCUGGAGUGUUUUGGAGGGGGGAUAGUACACUGAAGACUUCUUCACAUUUGGUCACCACAAAAAGCCUCGGAUUUGAUUGCAUUAAGUCACGUAGCAUUACUUAGCACCCAGAAUACAUUCGUACAAAACACAAAACUAAAGUAUUGUGUGUUUUCGUUUUUGUUUUUUUUUUCACCUGGGGGCACUGUAAGACAGACUUGGUUAUAUCGUACUGGAGAGAAAGCUCCUUCCUGAGCUUGUCAGUACAGCAGUAGUAGUCAUUCUUCACAGAGGAUAAAGAAAUACGUGGGGUUUUUUUUGUGUUUGUUUUGUUCAGAUAUCCAUUGUUUUAAGCGGAACGAUAAUGCUGAAUAGACGCUAAUCGUUAGCCCGUGUGGCUAUGGAGUUCCUCAUUGUGUAUUAGUAUUCAUGUCAUGCCGGGUCUGGUGUUCCUUUAAAUACACAGUGUAAUUCUCUUUGUUUUAAAUGUUGUUUGACAGUGACCGUCAGCUGAGAGGUUAAAAAAAAAAAAAACUGCUUCAGCUUUUUUUUUUUUUUUUUUUUAAAAAAGAACAUUUACUAAUGUAAUCAGCCACACUGAAUUGAAGGAAAACAACUGCCCAUGCGAUGCCUCGUAUUUCAAAAACAUUCAUUCAAAUUCAAAACACGUCCAAUGUAGGGAUAAAAAGUACAAAGUUGUCAGAAAAAUAAAUACUCAAGUCACAUACAGUCGAUUUUGGGUUGAAAUA